AUGGCCGCCGAGCGAGAAGUGACCUUGGCGGGCCUUGAAGUCACGAUAGAGAAGGGAGUGAAAAUGGAGGACCUAGACCCACUCGGCAACUCUCCGUCUGAGGGUCCGAGAAGAUCCAGGAAAGCCCCUCACGUUUCCCAGGUUGGAGCCGUCGGAGAGUGUCUGAGCUGGGCGACAGCAAAGCAGUCUGAACGGGAGACAGAUGACAGGUUGUUAUCGCAGUGCUGGGAAGCCCAGUGGCAGGAAUUUCAGAGGACGGUCCAGGCUCCUUAUUCGGGAUGGGGCCCCCCGCAGCUCCCAGGGGUCACCUUCCUGGUUCCCCCGGAAACGUCCACCAUGCCAGAGGCGACAAGUGGACUUCUUCCAGACCUGAGGGAAGGAUCCCCAAAAGUUGAUGUGACUGGAGGGAAAGCAGAUCACGGGGACGUGAAGGGUGAGGCUCCGGGUGACCAGGCCCUCAGCACAGAGAUGUGGCGGCAGCGCUUCCGCUGGUUCUGCUACCAGGAGGCCUCGGGGCCUCGGGAGGUUGGCCUUCAGCUCCGCAAGCUCUGCCUGAGGUGGCUGAAGCCCGAGAUGCGCACCAAGGAGCAGAUCGUAGACCUGAUCCUCUUGGAGCAGUUCCUGGCCACUUUGCCCGAGGAGAUCCAGAGCUGGGUGAGGGAAGGCAGCCCAGAGACCUUCGCUGAAGCGGUGGCCCUGGCGGAAGACUUCCUGCUGCGGCAGCAGGAAGCUGAGCAGUGGAAGCAGGAGGUUCUGGAAGAAUUUGAGGAGGAGGCCAUGAGUUUCUCAAGGGAAGACGAGGCUCUGUCAGGCACGGUGGACGGGCAUCCCUCCCAAGAAAUCAAGCAGGAGGGCUCAGAAGGCGCCGGCUUGCUAGGUGAUGGGUGGGAGACCAAAAGACCAUCGUUUGAGGUUCCGUUGGAAAGAACUGAGCUUCAAGACAUGGCAGAGAACUUUGGGAAUCCGGAGGGACCAAGGUGGGACGAGGGGAGACAAAUCGACAAGAGAAAGAACAAGCCCAUCCUUUGCCAGAGUGGUAAUCUGGACGAAAUUGCAUUCCAGGACGGAACAUGCGGAGGAAAAAGAAGGCACAUGUGCAAUAUGUGCGGGAAAGCUUUUACCCAAAAAUCAAACUUAAAUAGGCACCAGAGAACCCACAUGGGAGAAAAGAAGUAUCAGUGUUUUAAAUGUGGGAAAAGCUUUAACUGGGAAACUAGCUUUAUCAGACACCAGAGUUUCCAUACUGGGGAAAAGCCUUAUCCAUGUACAGACUGUGGCAAGAGCUUUAGCCGGAGUGCAAACCUUAUCAUCCAUCAGAGAAUCCACACAGGGGAGAAACCGCAUUUCUGUGUAGACUGCGGGCAGAGCUUUAGUCAGAUCUCCAAUCUCGUCAGGCACCAGAGGAUCCACACAGGAGAGAAGCCAUACAAAUGCUUGGAGUGUGGGAAGAGCUUCACACAGAAAUCGAACCUUAUCAAACAUCAGAGUGUGCACUCAAGUGACAAAUUGUACAGACGGUCAGCUUGUGGGAAGAAGUUCAACCAGAAGUUGAACUGCAGUAAACUUGAGAAAAUCCACACAGGAGAAAACCCAUGUAUAUGUUUUAAGUGUGGGAAAAUCUUUUCCCGGAGAGGUAACCUUCUCCGACACCAGAGCAUCCACACAAAAGAUAAACCUCAUAAAUGCUCAGAAUGCGGCAAGAGGUUCAACCAGAGGACGAACCUUAAUGCACAUCAGAGAAUCCACACGGGAGAGAAACCUUAUAAAUGUCCAGCCUGUGGGAAAAGCUUCAGGUGGAGGGCACAUCUCAUCAUACACGAGAGAUUGCACACAGGAGAGAAGCCACAUAAAUGUGCAGAAUGUGGGCAAAACUUUAGCCAGAGAUCCAACCUUGUCAGACACUAUAGAAUCCACACGGGAGAAAAACCGUAUAUAUGCUGCGACUGUGGCAAGAGCUUUGGUCAGAAAUCCAACCUCAUUAAACACCAGAAGAUUCAUACAGAGGAGCAUAUAUAUAAUCAGAGGCCAAAUCGUAUUAGACAUGAAAGAAUACUCCCAGGAGAAAAUCCAUACAAAUGUUUCAGGUGUGAUAAAAUGUUUUCAAGAAGGGGGAACCUUCUUAGACAUCAGAGCAUCCACACUAGAGAGAAGCCACACAAAUGCUUAGACUGUGGGAAAAGGUUCAAUCAGAGAACUAACCUCAUUAGCCAUCAAAGAAUCCACACAGGGGAGAAACCUUUCAAAUGUUCCGACUGUGGGAAGAGCUUUCGUCAGAGCCCACACCUCAUUAAACAUCAGAAGUUGCAUAUAGAAGGGAAGACAUCGUGUACAAACUCAGAUUAUGGGGAAGGAAUCCAUCAGAGAUUGAUUCAUAGUAGAUGCGAGAGAAUUGGUAUAGGAGAAAACCCAUAUGAAUGUCUGAAGUGUGGGAAAAUUUUCAACUGGCAAUCAAACUUCAUCAGACAUCAGAAAAUCCACGCUGGUGAGGAGCCUCAUAAAUGUACCAUUUGUGGGAAGAAGUUUAAUCGGAGGAAAAACCUCAUUGCUCACCAGAAAGUCCAUAUGAGAGAGAAGCCAUUUAAAUGUUCAGACUGUGGGCAGAGCUUCGCAUGGGAAGCACACCUGGUCAUUCAUCAAAGAAUCCACACGGGAGAGAAGCCCCAUAAAUGCAUCCACUGUGGGCAGAGCUUCAGUCAGAGAUCCAACCUCAUCCGACACCAGCGAAUCCACACAGGCGAGAAGCCCUAUACAUGCUCGGACUGUGGCCAGAGUUUCAGUCAGAGAACACACCUUGUGGUACACCAGAGAAUCCACACAGGGGAGAAGCCGCAUAAAUGUUCCGAGUGCGGCCAGGGUUUCAGUCAGAGGGCACAUCUGAUCGUUCACCAGAGAAUCCACACAGGGGAGAAGCCACAUAGAUGCACAGACUGUGGGCAGGGUUUCUGCCAGAGAUCAAACCUUAUCAGACAUCAGAGGACCCAUUCCUGUGAGAAGAAAACAGAGACGCUGACACUAGUGGAGAACUUCCUUUCGUGACUUGCAGUGUCUCAGUAGGCCAAAGAUACAAGGUGGGAAGAGAAACGAAUGUCUGUAUUAUGGGGAAAAAUUAAGUGCAUAUCUUCGUUCUUCUCCAUUAAUGAACCCACUGAGGAGAGCAGUGAAAACAUUUGAAUCUGUGGACCAAGUGAGACAUUUCAGUUAAAACGCAGGUUGUGUUAGAUGUUGUGCCACCCAGUGAGUGCCAGGGUGGGGGGUGAAUCAUUUCCAAUGUGACACCUUUGAUCCAGAUGUUCUCCUCCUCCCAGCUCUUGCGAACUACCAGCAAAGGCGUCCGAGGGGGCCAGCUUUGCCUCUG